AUGGCAGAGGCCGAAGAAGCAGAGCAGGGAGCCCAAGCCCCGCAGGGCUCCCCCGAAAGUCCUGCGCUUCUGGCAGAGGGUCCUGGCGAGCCGGGGGUCACUAGCUUGGAGGCGGAGGGAGUGGAAGCAGGCGAGGCCACAGCGGAGGAGCCGAGGGACGAGCUGGCGGGGGAAGCGGUGAGCGGGGACGACGGCGCCCCGCGGGACAUGGGGUCUUCGAACGAGUCGCCGCCGGGCACGGGCAGUGACCCUGAGGCCGAGGUGCAGAGAUCGGAGGGCGAGGCUGGGGACAGCGCUGGGGACAGCGCCGCGCAGCCCCCGGGGGCAGAGGAGGCGGGUGCGCUGCCGGCGGAGGAGGAGAGCCCGGGGAGUGGCGCGCAGGGUCAGGCCCCGGGGGAGCCCCUGGAGGGGCCCGCGGCCCCCGAAGAAGAGGAGGAGAAGGCGGAUCACGAACUAGAGGAGCAGGGAGGCAGCGCUCCCGAGGUGGUGGGGGACGGCAUGGAUGUGGGGGAGCCAGUUGGGGACAGAGUGGACGCCGCCGCGGGGCCGGCAGGAGAAGCGCCCGGGGCGGAGGGCGAGCCCCAGGACGUAGGGGAUCGCAGCCCCCAGCCCCAGGCUGAGGCGGUGGCGGCCAAGGAAAGCUCGGAGGAGGCUCUGGGCGUUGCCGAGGAGGAGGACAUGGGGAGCCCGGGAGGAGAGGGGUCGGGAGGAGAGGGCCCCGAGGAUCAGGUCCCAGGGGUCGCGAGCACAGACACAGGCGAGAACGGGGACCCAACUGGGCCUGAGGGGGAAAUACAGGUAGACGAGAAGGCGGAGAAGGAAGAGUUGGGCUCAGGAUCCGAGGGAAAGAGAGAGGAAGAAGUGGCCAGAAGCGAGGUGGAGGCCCCCGACGGCAGCCCCGAGGCUGAGGCUGAGCCCGGGGGCGCCGGGGAGGCGGAGGACCAGCUCAGCAACCACCUGGCGGAGGAGCACAGCGGCGAGGCGGCGCCAGUCAACGGCGGCGGCGGGGAGGACGGCGAGGUCCCGGGGGAAGGGGCCCCGGCGCGGGAGCACGACAUUACCCUCUUCAUCAAGGCUGGCUAUGAUGGUGAGAGCAUUGGAAAUUGCCCAUUUUCUCAGCGUCUCUUUAUGAUUCUCUGGUUAAAGGGAGUAAUAUUUAAUGUGACCACGGUAGACUUGAAGAGGAAGCCCGCGGACCUGCAGAACUUGGCACCUGGAACCAACCCUCCCUUUAUGACUUUUGAUGGUGAAGUCAAGACGGAUGUGAAUAAGAUCGAGGAGUUCUUAGAGGAGAAGUUAGCUCCCCCACGAUACCCAAAGCUGGGGACUCAACACCCUGAAUCUAAUUCUGCAGGAAAUGAUGUGUUUGCCAAAUUCUCUGCAUUUAUUAAAAACACCAAGAAGGAUGCAAAUGACAUUUAUGAAAAAAACUUGCUAAAGGCCCUGAAGAAGCUGGACAAUUACCUAAGUAGCCCUCUGCCUGAUGAAAUAGACGCCUACAGCACGGAAGACGUCACUGUGUCUGGAAGGAAGUUCCUGGAUGGAGAUGAGCUCACCUUAGCCGACUGCAACCUCUUGCCCAAGCUCCAUAUUAUCAAGAUCGUGGCCAAGAGAUACAGAGAUUUUGAAUUUCCUCCUGAAAUGACUGGCCUCUGGAGAUACUUGAACAAUGCCUAUGCUAGGGACGAGUUCACAAACACGUGCCCUGCCGACCAGGAGAUUGUACAUGCAUAUUCAGAUGUUGCAAAGAGAAUGAAAUGA